UGUAUAUCUAUUAUUUUUUGGAAUGGUAUUAUUUCUCUAAGUUGAAACGGAAUAAUUACAAAACAAUAUAUUUGAACUUUUCCAGGGAAAGCCUUUCAAUAUGAGCAAAAAUUGGUUUUGUAACAGAGGUCUAUCACCUAUCACACAGCAUCCAAGAGAUGAAGAAAAAGAUAAGACUUCUGAAACAGUGAUUACUGAUUCACGUAAGGUGUCAUCUGUGGUUAAACAAAACAGCGACCACAGUGACUGCAACUCGGUAAUAUCUUCUACAUCCCCCAAGAUAUGCUGUACACCCCCAUCAUCAUCAAUAUCCGGUUUAUCAGAAAAUGUUCAUUGCAGUAACUUGUGCAAGGACUCUGAGUACAACGUUACCUCGAAUAACGAGAGCAUAGUGGAAGAUCCAGACCACCAAAGUGAAUCUAGCUCGUUCAUAUCUCUUACUUCGCCUAAUAUAUGCUGCACACCACCAUCAUCUUCUGUAAUUUCUGAUGCAGAAGAUGAAGAUUAUAGUCCCCACACUAGUGAAGAGGCUGAGGACGAGGAACUGGACAGGAGCGAUGAGGCCAGAGACAACUUACAUUCGGCAAGUGUCAAGAAGAAUGUUACUAUACAUGCAAAAGCUGAAUCAAUUCCCACCGCAGAAUGUGAUCAGUCUGCACCCAGUCAGUCUGGUUCUUCAUCAGUGAAUACUGGACUGUCAGGAAAGAAGAAAAAAGUUACAGUUUUCUGUUGUUUUUGUGAAUGUGAGGUUUUUCAUUUUCCACGUCAUUUGAAAAGAAACCAUACGAAUGAAAUUGAGGUACAAGAAUUUCUAGCUUUACCUGUUUUAAGCCGUAAAAGGCAACAACUGCUUUUUGCUCUAAGGAAAAAGGGUAAAUUUAUCAACUCUACGCCUUUGAGGGGAGAGGGGAUAAAACCUGUUAGAAAAGGUGCGGAAAAAACGGAAUAUCUUCCAUGCAUCCACUGUAUGGGUUACUAUUCUGCAAAGAACUUAUGGCGUCAUCGCAAACAAUGUGAUGCAAACCCGGAGAAGGGAUCGUCGGGCAAACGAUCACAGGCUUUAGGACAAACUCUGUUAUUGGGUAAUAUAAAGGUAGAUAUUGAGCUCAAAGUAAAAGUAUUUCCUCGCAUGAGACCUGACAAAGUUUCAUUGGUUGCGAAAAAUGAUAAAUUAAUAUGUGCGUUUGCUUCCCGAUAUCUGAAACUCCAUAGGGAGCUACAUUUUGUCCAAGUCGUUUCUAGGAAAAUGAGAGAAUUGGCUCGACUUCUAAUGGAGAUAAAAAAAUUAGAUUUGUCUGUGGUUACCCUAUUUGAUGCUCUAAAACCACACAAAUAUGACAUACUUGUGAAAGCAACUAAAUUAACAUCAGGAUAUGAUGACGAAAGCCAAACUUAUAAAUCCCCCACAUAUGCUAUGAACAUGGGUACAACCUUAAAACAAUGUUGCGAUGUGGCUCUUUUACACGUUCUAAAAAAAUCUAAGUCACUGCCAACAGUAGAUAAUGCAAACGUUGAGGCAGAUAUAAAAACAUGCAUCCAACUCAUAGAGGCAAAUUGGCGAUUCGAUAUUUCAACCAAUGCUGCUAAUGACCUCAACCUAAAAAAAUGGAAUAAGGUCACUUUGGUACCGUUAGCUACUGAUCUCAAACUAUUGAAGGAUUACCUCAUGAAAGUAGCUGCAAAUCAGGUAUCAAUGCUACAAAAAAUCCAAGCAAUGAAAAAGCAUACACGUCUUUACUCGAGACAGUUUAUUGUAGGUUGCUUUUAUUAA